CCCUGGGUUCAAUCUUCAGUAUAAGAGGGGGAAAUGAGGUGCUUCCAGAGUCUCCAGUGUGUCUGCAUCAAAUAAUCAUGGUAGAAAUAGGGAGGGAGUGUCUGUUAGAGAUCCUCAGCAAAGACUAUGAGGGCAUGAGGAACCUUGAAGAAACCCCAGUCAACUAUGGGUCCAAGAAGCAAAGAGGAGUCCUCAGGAUGAAGGGGAGAGCCUCACCUCUCUGAUUUGUUCAAGCUGUUCCCUUUAGCUGCAUCAAAGUUAGCUCCUCUUCCCUAUCUCUGUGGUCCUCAGAUGAAACCUCCUUAGAGAAGUGCUCCCAAGUUCUCCAAUUAUAGCUUCUUGAUCCCUCUUACUCCCCUCAUAGCUGUGACAGUAAAAAACUGAACUCGGUGGCUCCAAGUUCAAGGAGAGUAUUCCUGGUGUCUCAAAUACACCUUCAAAGGAUGCUGAAUGAAAAAGAUGAAGGAAAAAGCCAGCCAGCCAUGGGCUGAGUUCUGGCCACUGGCUCCCUGUGACUGCCGCGUAGUCAACGCCACUCUGCAGCAGCAGCCACAUUUUCUGGCCCACCCAGUGCCCCCACCUUCUCCCUGAUGGGUUCAAACUCCUAUCUGGGCUAUACUUCAGUGAGGUUGCCUGUGGGUGAAACACAGCACAUCCCUAGUAGGAUAGGACACAAAGGAAAACUGACUAUGCGAUUGUACAGACUUUCUACCCUGUUGAGCACUGAAGCCUUGGGCUCCUAAUUCUUCUAGUUCCAGGCUAAGGUGAUAAUCUUGCAGAAGAUGACGGGUACUGUGGUCUCAUCUGCCAAAGAAGGCAGAGCCAGAACCAGAAACUGCAGGUACAGAGGGACUGAGGUGAAAGAGAAAUGCCAGGGAGGGAGGAGAUGGGAGAGAUGUCAAUUGAUAGUGUGGCAAUUCUGUGCCCAUAAAAUGCCCAAAUCCAAGCCCCCAAGAUGGGCCCUGCAUGGAUUAUGAACAUCAGGGUUGUCUGAGUCAUCCAACACCAAGGAGGAGAACAAAACGAGGAUUGCCAAGGAACAUAGGACAGCCAGGUCUGAAGUCUGGGAGAGGAGCUGGGAUUUGGCACAUUUCCUUCCUGGUUGUUAAGUGAGAAUUUCCCAGCUUCAGAAAGAAUGAGAAAAUCAAGGCCUUCAGUCAUCCUGAUGUCUCAGUGGAAGUCUGUGCUUCAUUACACCUUCCCCAGAGCCUGUGGCCUGUACUUUGCUGGGCAGGGACUUAAUGGAAAGAUCAGGCAUAAACAGGACUGGAGGGAGAGUAAUGACUGAUGGUGGCUUAGAGAAAAUUUGUUUUGACCACUGCACAGAGCCUGGAAUAAGCUUCUGCUAUUGUGACUAGGUGUCUUCCAAAUACAGAUGUAACGAAUGCAGAGGGUCUGAAUCUUUUGUGUUUGAUGCUAAGUCUAAUCCCCACAACUGAGUACUGCUUGUACCUGAGCAUAUACAUACCUGUGCUUUUCAAUGAUCAUUAUGACCUGACUGAAUAUCAGAUAUGGUCAGUUGAGGUUGGGAGGAAAUUUGUUCUGCAAGAAGAAUAGAACUGAUCUGGGGACAUAGUUCAGGGUAGAACCAUUGCCCAGCAUGUGGUUCUACACCCAUAUAUUUGUUGCCUCUGUGUUGCCAGACAUUUCAAGGGAGGGUUUGGGGGGGAUAAAAGGGGAUAAAGACAAUGGAAUAAAAGCUUGCAAACAAAACUGUUGUAUACUGAUGAGGGGAAGAAAAAUUGAAGAGUGAGCAGGGGAAUGGGAAAAAGACAGUUACGAUGUGUAUGGCUAGAAACUCCCCAAGAUGAAUGUAAACAUUAUGAAUGGCAAACAUAUACUAAUAAAAAGUUUUUCUAAAAAGAGCUAAGAGUGAAGACAUGUGACCAUGUCCUGCCUGCUGGCCAUUGGCUGUGUGCAAGUUCUGCCCAAUCAGUACUGCUCCCCUGCAGCAUCCAUUGCCUGGCUCACCAGAUGCCCCGCCUCCUCCCUGUUGGAUUCAAACUCUGACUUGGGCAGGACUCUGUUCCCAGGCUUCCUGUUGGUGAAAGGGAGAGUGCCUCCAGCAGCACCAAAAUACAGCCAGACUGACAAUGGCACUGGACCAACUUCUCAGCUUGCUGAGGGCUGUGACCUGUGGGCUCUUAAUUCUACAUCCAGGCCAAGCCCAGGACUCUGCCAGCCCCAUCCGGGCCACAAACAUAGGGCAGGUGCGGGGCAGCCUCGUCCAUGUGAAGGGCACCAACACGGGGGUCCACACCUUCCUGGGAAUUCCCUUUGCCAAGCCACCUGUAGGACCACUGCGGUUUGCACCCCCUGAGGCCCCUGAGCCCUGGAGUGGAGUGAGAGAUGGAACCACCUUUCCUGCUAUGUGUCUACAAGAUACUGACGUAAUAAAGAUGCAUGAUCUGAUCCUUCCUUCUAUCCCUGUAUCUGAGGACUGUCUGUAUCUCAACAUCUAUACACCUUCCCAUGUCCACAAGGGGUCUCGCCUGCCUGUGAUGGUAUGGAUUCAUGGAGGUGGGCUAAUUAUGGGCAUGGCUUCCAUGACUGACGGCUCCAUUCUGGCAACUUCUGAGAAUGUGGUGGUGGUCACUAUCCAGUACCGCCUGGGUGUCCUGGGAUUCUUCAGCACUGGAGACCAGCAUGCCACUGGCAACUGGGGCUACCUGGACCAAGUGGCUGCCUUACAAUGGGUGCAACAGAAUAUAGUUCACUUUGGAGGCAACCCUGACCGGGUCACCAUUUUUGGGGAGUCUUCAGGUGGUGUAAGCGUGUCGUCACUUGUCUUAUCCCCAAUGACUCGUGGACUCUUCCAUGGUGCCAUCAUGGAGAGUGGGGUGGCCCUCAUGCCCGAUCUCAUCUCCAGCUCAUCUGAGGCUGUUUACACUAUGGUGGCCAACCGGUCUGGCUGUGGACAGAUUGACUCAGAAGCCAUGGUGAGAUGCCUACGUGGCAAGAGUGAAGAGGAGAUUGUGGCUAUUACAAAGUCCUUCAAGAUGAUCCCUGCUGUAGUGGAUGGGGCCUUCCUGCCCAGGCACCCCCAGGAGCUGCUGGCCUCUGCUGACUUUCAUCCUGUCCCCAGCAUCAUUGGUGUCAACAGUGAUGAGUAUGGCUGGAGCUUGCCCAUGUUUUUAGGCUCUGCCGACACCCAGAAAGAAAUGAGCAGAGAGACUCUGCAUACUGUUCUGCAGAACAUGUCAGCACAGAUGAUGUUGCCUGCUGAGCUUGCUGACCUGUUCAUUGAAGAAUACAUGGGGGAUAUUGAAGACCCCCAGGCUCUCCAACUCCAGUUCCAUGAGAUGAUGGGGGAUUUUAUGUUUGUGAUUCCUGCACUCCAAGUAGCACAUUUUCACCGUUCCCAUGGCACUGUCUACUUCUAUGAAUUCCAGCAUCCGCCCAGCUUCCUCAAAAACAUCAGGCCACCUUACAUAAAAGCUGACCAUGGUGAUGAGAUUUCCUUUGUCUUUGGAUAUUUCUCGUGGGACAACCAAGUUCAUUUCACUGAGGAGGAGGAGCUACUAAACAGAAGGAUGAUGAAAUAUUGGGCCAAUUUUGCACGAAAUGGGAACCCCAAUGGCCAAGGCCUGCCCCACUGGCCUGCAUUGGACCAUGAGGAGCUGUACCUGCAACUGGACAUCGAGCCUACUGUGGGCCGUGCCUUAAAAGCCCCCAGGCUGAAGUUCUGGACAGAGAAGCUACCUCAGAAGAUCCAGGAGCUAAAGGGUGCUGAGGAAAAGCAUACAGAGUUGUAGUUGUCUAUUUGGAUGAGGGAGGCUGGGUGUGAGUGCAGGUGGGGUCUGCUUGUUGUGACCCACACCCACAGAGCCAUGCAUCCAUUCUUCAUCUAUUCAUUUGGCCCUCACUAAUGAAGAAUCCAUUCAUAAUUUCCAUUGCCAAGCCUGCCUUGUGUCCCCUCUUGUUAGACACUCAUUACAUUCCCCAGUGUUAUUACUUGUAUCUUGAUAUCUCUCCCAAGCCUCCUGUGGUCAUAGGUGGGGCUUUCCAGAGGUGACUGGAUGUAAAGUCUGUGAUGCUGUGAUCAAGUAUGCGAUGAUGGGUUUGAUUCAGGAUGAAAUGCUAGGAUUCAGGGUGACACAUUCUGCUCUGAGGUUGACUGCUACUCAACUUAAGACUAUGUAACCUAGAUAGGAUGUAAGGGACGGAAAAAAGGCUUGUUGCUUUCACUUGUCAGUUGUUGCUUCUGUGCUUGCUGCUUUUUUGCCUUCUGCUUGCCAUGAACUGUUUCCUCCUCUGCGAUUCCCUUUAGUCAUUCUACCUUGCUUUACAGCUAGCCAUCCAAAUCCUCCACAAACUGUGAGCCUAAAUAACCUUUCCUCCUUUAACUUUGGGUGUCACAUAUGUUUUACCAGCAACAAGAAAAGUAAGUAAGACACCCAGGGAGCUGUGGAUUGGUAAGUCCCAUUGGACACCCACCUUGCUCACCACCACCCUGGAUCUAGAUCCCUUUUUCUUUCCCAACUGUAUCUUCAUGCCUCCACUCUUGCCCGAAAUGAAAAUGAUGCCUUGGAGAAUGUUACCCACACCUGAGUGUUAAAAUUCUUUUAACCUCUCAAUGAUUCCAUCUGUGCUCAUAUUUAUAUAGGCCAACCAAAACCCACAUUACAUGAACCUAGGCUCUUUGCAUGUUCAGGCUGCUGUAAAACAGUAUCAUAAGCUGGAUAGCUUAUAAACAACAGAAAUUUAUUUAUAGAUCAGGAG